AUGGAGUCGGAUUUCGGCGUCCCCGGAGAGCUGUCAGAUCUGCAGAAGAAGAGAGCCGAGUACCAGCCAGGGCUCCCCCCAUGCCUCCAGGUGCUUCUUAUGCUGCUUCUCUCGGCUUCUCUCGGUUUCUUCCUCUCCGUUUCUCUGUCUACUCUCGGAAUCUUUCAAGCCGGUAGGGUUCGCCUCGGCCUUAGAGGAGCUCGCAGUGUACUUCGCUCAACACAUAUUUUUUGACGCAAGCUGCGGAUCUGAUGAUGGCUCAGCGUCGGAUCGGGCGUUUGUAGGUUGGUCGAGUUAUGGAUGGCUUUGCUUGGUUUCUUAAACGUCCACCUUUUUGGUCACUGUGGAGAUAGUGACAAAGAUAGGUUUUUGCGUUACUGUGGCUUGGUUUUCACGAGAGGAUUACGCGAGCGGUGAUAUGAACCACUUAAACUAAAAUCCAGUGUAUUGUUGUGAGAUUUAAGAGAACUUUUUACAUUGUGGAUGGUCUUUUAUAUUUUCUGCGAGACAAAUGUAUCACUUUGUGGUUUUUUUUAAUUACAAAUGGAUGCGCGUAGUUGAUUGGUCGAGUUCUAUCAGCUAAAACGAAAUGUCAAAUGGAUUUCUGUUGUCAUUCAAACUGAUCAGCUAGGACAGUGUGUCGAAGAAUUAAGUCAAUGUUGGGUGAUCGAGCUUGAUCUGCGGUAGUGGGGCUUAAUAGGAAAUCGCACAUGCGCUUCCUGUAGGUUGAAAAGAUAGUUUCUCUUAGUGGUGGUUGCUACUGAGGCUCUUGUCCUGACCGAAAUAUGGAAAAUCUCCACAACUGGCCUGCUUCAUCCUCUUUGUUCCUUGUGUGGAACAGAACUGUAUCUCAAUUGUCGAUAAAAGAAUUACAAUUCAAAUAGACGAAGAAAACUGAAAAUGCCUUUCCACACACAUACCAGCAGCAUUUAAUAGUAUUUCGUUCUUCUUUUAGAUACUAUAUUGUAUAUUUUUAUAAUGUGACCAGGGUACGACAGUCCGGGUAGAGUUUGGUGACUUUACGACAACUGCAGAUCCAGCCAGUAAUCAUGUCAUCAGCCAUUCAUUUCCACAUACAUACGGCCAACGUUUGGCACACUUUCUCAGGGCAACGGCCAAGAUACCUGACGCUCAGAUCAUUACAGAGCACCCAGUAAUGAAGUAAGUGGCAAUGAAUCUGGUGAGACACAAAUUUUUUUGUACGGUAUAAAAGACCAAAAUCAUUGUAUUAGAUUUUGACUAAAAUUUAUUUAUUUAUCUUUUUUUAUGUGGUUCAAAGUACCCAUGGUUUAUGGAAUCAACUGAUUUGGAUCAGAAUUUUUGGGCACUGGUUCAAUUUUAAGGGGGAGAAGCCAACUGGCUUGAUUGGUAUAUAAAAUAAAAAAGACUGCUUAUCUCACUGCAAUUGACUGGGUAGUCUGUGGUCUUUGCUGUUGCUGGAGUAAGAGCCAUAAAAGAAGAAAAAGGAAAAUACUGCAGGGAACAAGCCAGCGGAGGAAGAAGAGGGUGGUUAGGAACUAUAAAAUAGAAGAAAAAGACGGACAUAAACAGAAAUAUAUUACAUUAGCUCCAUCAAAUUUAAAAUAAAUUUAAUUGGCUUUUAUUCUUGGAUCAAAUGAUUUAAAUAGUCCAAUCAAAUAUCGAUCCAUGCAAGCCCAUAUUAUUGAUACCCAUAUCAGUGAUUCUGUGAUUGAUAACGUUAGUGCUAGACAAGAAAUACAUUUCAUAAAUAUUUUCAAGGGUGUACUGGAAAAAUGAAAAAGCUAGAGUUUUAAUUACUUCUUGAAUCAUUGUGUAGUUCUCAAUUUAUGAAGCUGAUGAAGUAGCAAAACUUUCCACACAGGAAAGGACAUAAUAAAUAAUGGUGCUGCGUUUUUCCUCAAUAAUCUUCUCAUUGUCAGCGUUUCAAAUUGCAGGGUGGGCGUGGUGUUUUGUGGUAGGCAAUCUCCUGGCGGACAUAAUGUUAUAUGGGGCCUUUAUGACACCAUUAAACUUCACAAUCCUAAAAGUACCUUGAUUGGAUUUGUUGGUAAGUAUUCGUUUUCAAUUUUCCUUAUCAUCAUUAGCUGUUUUUUCCCUCUUCCUAGUGUUUUCUGGUGCUCAUCAAUUUUUUAAUCCAUAGAAUGUGAUUCUUAUUAUUGUUAUUUGAUGAAGUAUUGGCUUGUCUUCUAUUUAGGAAUUAUAUACUUCCUUUUUUGUGGGAGGUUCAAGUUAUUCUGAAACGGUUCUAAUUUCUUAUCCUCUACUACCUCUGGAAAGUCGGUUAGGAAAUAUAAGAUUCCAUUAUGAGAGAGUUGUUUUUCAGGAGCAUGAUUUUUUAUGUUUACAUAUUGUUUUGUUGUCUGUUUCAUUUCGAUCUUGAUCUUCCAUUUUUCUCCAUAUACUUUUAUUGUUAAUAUGUACCUGUUUAUUUUAGUUAAAUAAUAAUAAUAUGCCUUAUUUUAUAUGUUAUAAAAUUAAAAUAUAAUGAAUAGGACAUUGCUUCGAUGUUAAUGAUACAAAUAUGAAAGUGAUUCAUUAAAGAUCUACUAGAGGCUAUUUGAUUAUCCUUAAAAGAUAAAAAUAUUUCAUGUUCGUAAUGCUGUUUCUCAUGGUAAAUUUCGACCACACCAUGCCUAAUUUUUCAUUGUGAAGUAUCGUGAGAAAAUAAAAAAUAAAUGCACAGUUCUGUCUGAUGGUCCUUUUUUGACAACAGGUGGGACUGAAGGUCUAUUUGCCCAGAAAACUCUAGAAGUCACCAAUGAGAUUCUUUCUGCCUACAAAAAUCAAGGUUCCAGGAAGCAGUCUGGCUUUUAAUUUUUAAAAUUUGUAAAGAUGAAUUGGAUUUUUCUUUAAUCUGGAUCUUAAGUGCCGUUUAAUGUUAUCAAAGGUGGUUACGAUAUGCUGGGACGGACAAAAGAUCAAAUAAGAACCACUGAGCAAGUAAAUGCUGCGCUGAAAACUUGUCAAACUUUACAGCUUGAUGGGCUUGUUAUCAUUGGAGGUACUUCACUGACCAAUUUUUUUUCUGCUAUAUUUAUUUUUUUAGUUUAUUGACUUCUGCAUUUGUAGGAGUUACUUCCAACACCGAUGCUGCUCAGCUUGCAGAAACGUUUGCUGUAGCAGGAUGUUCAACGAAGGUAUCUAAAAAACCUUCCCAUCCUUUCUUCUUCUUAUUUUUUAAAAUAAUGUCUGAACUAAAACACCUCUUUUUUGCUCAUAUUCCUAGUUGAACAUUUUUCAACAUCCGUGGGAUGAAUGAGGAGAGAUCUGGAGGCUCUGAAGUUCAAAAAAUAAUUCAUCUGUCUUUAAUUAUACUAUUGGUAGACUACAAUUUAGUUUGCAUCUUCAUGAACAAAAAGAUGGAUGGUUGAAAGUUUACGUUCACAUACUCUUUAAUAACCAAAUAAACUGCUAGGGUGCACUUUUGUAGUUAUUGCUGAUCUAAAGGAAACAAAAUGACUACGGAUAUGUUAAACUCGAAAGAAAGAGAAGUCAAGAACAUGCAGUGUGGUAGCAACUUUGGAAGUCCCGAAAGACAUUGCUGAUCUUUCUGCUAGGGAAGAGCAAUGACCCUCAUAGGGAUAUUCACUGGGUCAGCCCAUCUCUGUAAAGACCCAAUUUUUAUUUUGACGCUAAAUCAAGAAGCUUUCUAAAUAGAUAUGGCCCUGAUCCUCUGCGUUUUUUCUCAACUCAAAAUUUCUCCGUUUGUAGAUUUAAUAGAAAACCAGUCAGAAGCAAAAUCUAUUAAGAUAGUAGGGUACGCGCAAUGUAAAAAAAAUAGUAUAGAUAACUGAGAGAAGAGGCAAAGGCGUGACAGAAUGCAGGUUAUAAUCCUUUAUCCUUCCUUGCUUCAGCCUUUCUUCCUCUAAUGCUCUGACACACGGGCUAUAGGAGGGGAGAUAGCAGACAAAAUAGAAACUCUCUUGCCUUCUCCUGCUUUCUUAUUGAGGUAAACACAGAAGAAGGGCUAAUUAGUUGACCAUUCUUGGGUAGGAUGAUCAAAGUCUCAAAUGCAUAGUUUGCAAGUUUCUUGUUACAAGAAUAUAUUGGGACGAAAGCCCUCUUGUGAUAGUGAAAUCUCGAAUUUAUGGAUUUACAUUAAGGCAGAUUUUCUUGUACCUUAUUUCUAAUAUUUGGCUAUUUGAGUUCAUCUCAUUCUCUCAGAAAUGUUCUGUCAACAGGUAGUGGGGGUUCCUGUUACUUUGAAUGGAGAUUUGAAGAAUCAGUUUGUGGAGGCCAAUGUUGGCUUUGAUACAGUAUGUAAGGUGCGUACAUGAUUACAUUUGUACUUUUUCCAUCAACUGAUGUACUGAAUAGGAUUUUCUUUGCAAAUUUUCCCUGCUUCUUUAGAAAACCUCAUACAACGCGUCUUAAGUUAAGCUGGAGAAUGAAGCCUUUAUGCAUUCAAAUGACUAAUCGUUAGAGAGAUUAACUUUACAGCUCAAAAAAAUCAUCAAAAUUCACAUACAAUGUGUUCUUUAUACUUAAUUAUAUUCUCAAACGUUUUUUUUACAAUGUCAGAAUUAUUCAUAGAUUUGUCACUUUUGUAGUUAUUUAUUUUGCAUAUUUUAGAAAAUAAAAUAAGUUAGCUUCCUAGGAUAAUCCUUCCAGAAGGUAUAGCUGCAGAGGUUUUCAUCCUGCGUAAUUUAAUGUACUUACAGGUGAAAUGGAUUGAAUUUUUUUUGUUACGACAAGAAGCUUCUUGUAACAAAAUUACAGUGAUCAGUGAGUAAUGCUUCAGCGCUAAUAUUGCUAGAGAAACUGAAUCUUUUUAAUAUUUUUACAACCUCAGAUUAAUUCCCAGCUCAUCAGCAAUGUCUGCGUUGAUGCUCUCUCAGCAGAAAAGGUAUCAUCCAUUUCCACUGGUUGUUGACAUUUGUUUUUAGACGUUCACAGUAUCAGUUUGACUGUGAACUUGAGAUAUCCAAUUUCCUUCAAUUUCUAGUUUUUCUUUCAAUAUUAUAUAUUAAAUUGUGCUCAUAAAAUAUCCCCUAUAGUUUAUGACAUUUUUUCUGGAUUUGUGUCAGAUCACAAUACUUAAUUUGGCUUCUUCUUCUUUUUUUUUUUCUGAAUUUCUGGGCAUUGAUGCAAUGGUGUUUCCUUCUUCUCACAGUACUAUUACUUUAUUCGACUGAUGGGCCGAAAAGCAUCCCAUGUGGCGCUGGAAUGCACUCUUCAGUCGCACCCAAAUAUGGUUCAAUUUCUCCCGUUUCAUCCCAUUAUGGUCCAUAUUUCCUUGUUUUUCUUUCUUCAUUUGUCAUGGGAUUUGAUCAGGUCAUCCUGGGCGAGGAGGUAGCUGCAUCAAAACUUACUAUUUUUGACAUCACCAAGCAGAUUUGCGAUGCUGUCCAAGCCAGGGCCGAACAGGGUUGAGUAUUGACAUAUUUCAAAAAUAAAAUAAAAAACCUUUCACUGCUUGUCUCUUGACCUGGAUUAUUUGCGACUGAUGAGCAGACAAAUAUCAUGGGGUCGUCCUUAUACCCGAGGGUCUAGUGGAAAGCAUUCCUGAGCUGUAUGCUCUGCUUCAGGUGAUCCACUGGUCAUCGUCCUUUCCACCUGCUUCAUCUCUUUCAUAAUCCACUCAACCCUAAUUUUAUAUUCAUGAUUUUCGGUGAUUGAAUGGCUGUAGGAAAUCCACAGUCUACACAAACAAGGUGUUUCUGCGGAAAAAAUCUCCUCCCAGCUUUCUCCUUGGGCGUCUGCUCUAUUUGAGUUCCUCCCCCCUUUCAUCAGAAGACAGGUUUUUGCCCACCUUCGUCCAUUAUCUUUCCAAGACCCUUGUUCUCUAUGAUUCCAUUUUAAAUAAAUCUGAAGGGUUUCUUCCGUUCCUUGUUGUUCAGCUGCUGCUCCAUCCGGAAUCAGACGACUCUGCCCAGUUAUCCCAGGUUCUGCAGUUUUAUGGCCGUUUCUGUGGAUAUCUGUGUUCUGUUCUUGGCUAAUAAUUCUUUUAUUUCUGGUUUUAUCUGUAGAUUGAGAUGGAGAAGCUCUUGGCCCAGUUGGUGGAAACGGAAAUCAACAAGCGGCUGGUGAGUUCGUCUUUCAGAUUAUUUUACUGAAUUUCCCAGAAUAGGGACUAUAGGUUGUAUAAAAUGUAUGGUAGUAUCGAUCAAAGAUCUGUUAGUGAAGUGGUAUGUGGCUAAAAAAAGGGAAAUAACCACUUUAUCGGAAAAAAAUUUAAUGCAAUAUAGGAAGGAAAAAAGCCUCUUUGGCACAUAUUUAAUGCAAUUAAAGAUGAAAAAAUGUUCAUUGGUUUAUUUUAUGAUCUCAUACUAUCCAACAUGACAGAGGAGCUUUGUUUGCAGAAUGAAGAAUUGUUAGCCAGCCUCUCUCUCUCUCUCUCUCUCGCUUGCUCGCUCGCUCUAGUGAAUAGGAUCAGCUUGGGCUCAUACCUGAAUUUUUUCUGAUCUGGGAGUGUCACUAUUCCUGUGGUCUUUGCAGAAGGAGGGCACUUACAAGGGAAAGAAGUUCAAUGCAAUUUGCCACUUCUUCGGCUACCAGGCCCGUGGGUCUCUCCCUUCAAAGUUUGACUGCGACUAUGCUUAUGUACUCUCUCUCUCUCUCUCUCUCUCUCUCUCUCUCUCUCUCUCUCUCUCUCAUAUCUUCAUAUAAGAUUUCUUCUUAAGGCAAUUUUUUUUCUUUGGUCCAGGUCCUCGGGCACAUCUGCUACCAUAUCCUAGCUGCCGGGUUGAACGGAUACAUGGCGACCAUCACCAAUUUGAAGAACCCCGUGAACAAGUGGCGAUGCGGGGCCACUCCCAUAACAGUGAUGCUCUCUUCGUCUCCCUCUCCAUCCUCCAACCCCUCUUCCCCAGGUCAUCUGGGUCCAUAAGAUCCAUAUGGAAAAUCUCUCUCUCUCAACAUAUAAGAGAGAGAGGGAGAACAUCGACCUGAAAAUUUUCAGAGUGAGAAAUUAUCUGCAAGUUUUCUGAUAUGAGCAUGGUGAUUUGUUCUCAAUAGGCCAUGAUGACUGUGAAGCAGUGGGCACGGGGUCAGGGGUCGAGCUCCAUCGGUAAGCCUGCUGUUCAUCCUGCCACAGUUGACCUGAAAGGGAAGGCUUAUGGGUAUGUCUAUUUGCCUUAAAUAUCUUCAUCGAGCUAUUAAUUAUCUGAUUCUGGGAUCAAAAUCUUGGAAAAAUAAAGUUUUUUUCUGACAUUUACCUUAAAUACCAUGGUUGACCAGAUGCUCUGAUUGAGACAACGAGUCUGAUAUUAGCCUUCCAUACCUUACCUAAGCUAUUACUUAUAUGAUUCCCACAUCAAAAUCUCGGAAAAUAUGCCUCGAGUACAUUAGUUGAGCUGUUCAUGAUCAAAUCCUGGCAUCAAAAUAUUGGAAAAAUAUGGGUCGAUGUUCUGAUGUUUGCCUCAAAUAUCUUACUUAAGCUAUAAAUGAUUUGACUCCGGCAUUCAAAGCUAGGGAAAAUAUGUAUGUUCAUCAGAAUGAUAGAAAAUUUCGGAUUUUUGUUCUGACAUCUGCCUUGUACACCUUGGAGCAGAUGUUGAUGAUCUGAUUUUUGCAUGAAAAUCAUGGGAAAAUAUGGAGUCUAUGAUCUGACAUUUGCCUCCAACAUCUUAUCUGAGCUUCUAAUGAUGUAAUAUCGAAAUCAAAAUCUUGGAAAAAUAUGAACUUUUGGUCGUAUGAUCACAUUUGUUCCUAUCACAAAAACUAGGAAAAAUAUGGGUUUGAUAGCUUUGAUGAAAUCAUUGAUAUAUGUAUGCAUGAAUAUAAAUCUAGGUUGCUGAGGCAGAAUGCGGCGAAAUUCUUGAUGGAGGAUAUCUACAGAAACCCGGGCCCACUCCAGUUCGAAGGCCCGGGAUCCGACUCGAAGACCAUAACCCUCUCUGUGGAAGACCAAGACUACAUGGGCCGGAUCAAGAAGCUCCAGGACUACCUCGACAAGGUAUUCUCCCAACCUUCUCCUCCAAGCCCUGAAGUCCGCCCCACCAUUCCCAUGAGCUGUCUCCACCUUGUCAAGGCUUUCAUGGUUCUGGCCAGGACCUCUCUCUCUCUCUCUCCUCUCUUCUCUCUCUACCUUGUCAAGGCUUUCAUGGGUCUUGACCAGGACCUCCCCUCUCUCUCUCUCUCUCUCUCUCUAUAUAUAUAUAUAUAUAUAUACAUCGAUCUCAAUCUAUCUUUCUAUCACGAGUGAGAGCUAGGUAUUAUGGUUUGAUUCUUACUCUCUCUGUGUCGUCAGGUGAAGAGCAUCGUGAAGCCCGGGUGCUCACAGGACGUGCUGAAGGCGGCCCUCAGCGCCAUGGCCUCCGUCACGGACAUCCUCUCCGUUAUGUCAUCUCCCUCCUACGGCAGCCACGCCCACGCCCCUCUGUGA